AUGGCUGAUCUGUCCCUUUGCACCCUUCUAGCCGAGUGCAUCUAUAAGAGGCGAUGGCUUCCCCGUCCGGCCUCAAUGGUCAGUAAAUCGUCGCGACCGACUUCUGAAGUCGCUACUCAGAAUGGUGUCCCCUCUGUUUUUGGCCAAUCUGCGCGGACCACCGACGACGAUGCGAAGCUCAUUUUCGGUACUGUUUUUUCCCUUCGAAACAUGGUACGCAAGUUGGGAGGUGAGGAUGACAGCUUCGUCACUUAUCGCACCAGCCAAUACAAGCUUCAUUACUACGAAACUCCCACAAAUAUCAAGUUUGUCAUGCUCACAGAUGUCAAGAGCCCGAGCAUGCGAGUUGCUUUACAGCAGAUUUAUAUCAACCUCUAUGUCGAGUAUGUGGUCAAAAAUCCGCUGUCACCCGUCGAACAUCCGGGAGGUGUGGGUGUGAAUAAUGAAUUGUUCGAAGAGUCUCUCGAGCAAUUUGUGUUUGUUCGACGGAGGUUCAUGGAGGAGCCAGGUCCUAGCAUCCCCAUUCUACUUCCGAGUCUCAACCACGCCAUGUUUCUUCUCUCCGAAGCUACUAUUGCCCCAAGUUGUGGCCUAACAAAGCAGCAGAAAAUCUUGGAGUAUGCAUACUAG